GGGAGAAAGAAAGAAAGAAUAAAAUCCAAAUAGGUAUAUUAAAACAUUAAUAGCCAACUUUGAUCUGUGGAUUAAUACAAAGUUUUGAAUGAUGUUUUCGUCUGGCCUUAACUGUAACCUCUCCUUCCCCAGUUGUUUGGGUUAUCCACAAGAUAGUGAGGAAUUAAUCCCAAAAAUGGCACGUGAGCCAAUUAUUCUUAAUGUUUAUGACAUGUAUUGGAUAAAUGAAUAUACUACACCUAUUGGUCUCGGUGUAUUUCACUCUGGAGUAGAAAUAUAUGGAACAGAAUAUGCAUAUGGCGGUCAUGCUCAACCAAAAAGUGGCAUUUUUGAAAUUACUCCAAGAGUAGCUGACGAACUAGGUGAACAGUUUAGAUACAGACAAUCUGUUCAUAUUGGAUAUACAGAUUUUACGGAAGAAGAUGUUUCAAGAAUUAUUACGGAAUUAGGCAAAGAUUUUAGAGGAGACCGUUAUCAUCUGAUGAAUAAAAAUUGUAAUCACUUCAGCAGUCAGUUCACAUUAAUUCUAUGUGGACAGGAAAUACCUGGCUGGGUAAAUCGUCUGGCUUAUUUCAGUUCAUGUGUACCGUUUCUCCAACGUUGUUUGCCAAAGGAAUGGCUAACACCUGAUGCUUUACAACAUUCUCUAAGUCAAAUUAGCCAUCAUGAAAGCACACCACCAUCGGAUACUUCGUUGUAACAUUUGGCUAACACUGUUGAAAUGCACGGUCUAAAAUGCCGUAGAAGUUAUACAUUUUAGAUAAUUAAACAUUGUGAAAAAAAAUGUUAAUUAGAACUGAUUAUAUUGCCAAGAUUUAAAAACUUGAGAAACCUGAGAAACUGAACC